AUGGUCAAAAAAUCCACUCUUGCCAGUCUGGCCGCGGUUUUGGUCAGUGUCGCGGCCGAACCUGAAAUUACCGACAUCAAAAUGGUCAGUGUCGACACCGGUUCUUCUGACACUCACGGUGUUUACGACGCCACUUUCAUCGAGGUUUCCAUCAAGGCCACCGAAACCGGUACUUGUUGGUUUAAGAUGCCAGCUGACGUUGUGACUUUCAACCAAGACACCCCAUACAGCUUCGAGUACGGUAGCGUCAACCGUGACGACGACGAUUUUAAGAUCUCCUUGACCUUCGACUCCUUGCCAAAGGACGGCGUUGCCCAAUUCGGUGUUUAUACCAGAUUUCAAUUUCCUUAUCAAACUGGCCACGAGGAACCAAAGUCGGAGUCUUUCAAAAUCAGCUCCUCUUCUGGUGAGUUCACUGCCAAUGUUAACCACAAAGAAUUGCCAACUGACCAGAUUUCCGUCCAUUCCCUUCUAACUUCCUCUCAGAUCAUUUACGAUGUGUACGUUCCAGCUGACAUGAUUACCAACACCACCACUUUGGUUGCCAAGAGCGCUGACGGCCGAAUCUUCGAUGGUUCUAUUGUCGGCGUCUAUUCCGUUCAGUCACCCCCAACUUUCCAUGAAACUUCAUCCGAUUCCUCCAUCUAUUCAGGCAUGGAUUACACCUGGCAAGAUUUCUGCACUGAUAGCGAGACCAAGAUUGUUUACAGCGGGCAAGAGCUUGAAACUGCCAAGUGGGUUUUGUUCAAGUUUUUCGCCUCCGUUCCAGCCGACUUGCAAUACUACAACCAAGUGAUUGAUGUCACUAUCGGCGAGGUCACUGAAACCAUUACAACUCACACUUACAGCAGAUACUACCCAGGUUUCAUUGAGGCCCCAUCUUACAAGCGUGACGGUUCCGGUUCUGGCACCAAUGGUAAUCAAGUUACCUCUUACUCCUCAAGCCAAGCUUCGGCCGCAGCCCAGAUCUCUACUUCUGACAUUCAAGCUUCUACCGCUGCUCAAACCUCUAGCUCUGAAAGCCAGGCUACUACUGCUUCUCAAACCUCUUCUUCUGAAACUCAAACCUCUAGCGCUGCUCAAACCUCUCACUCUGAAAGCCAAACUGCUGCCUCCGCCCAGACCUCUUCCGUCAAACUCCAUUCUGCUGCUGUUUCUUCAACCCCCUACUCCGGAUACUUCAACUCUACCCGUUCAGUCUCUUCCACUGCCCACGUAUUUUCAACUACUGUUAUCACCACUUGUCCUACUUGUGAAGUCAAGGCUACCACUGUUGGUGUUUCUACUGCCACCGUUACCAUCGACGAUGUUGUCACCGAGUACUUGACUUACUGUCCUCUGGAAACUCAAGCCACCAUGGUCAUCUCCAAGGGUACCACUUACGCUCCUUCAGUUGUGAUCACUGAAGUUGAGUCGAACUUGUUCACUGCUUACACCACUUACUGCCCAAUUGAAACCAAGACCACAUCCACCGUGUCCGAAAUUUCUUCCACCCCCACUGUUGUUGUCUCCAAGGGUACCACUUACGCUCCAUCUGUUGUCACCAGUGAGGCAAAGUCUGGUUUCACCACCUACACCACUUACUCUCCAUACACCACUGCGUCUGACAAAGCUACUGGCUACAACUCUACCAGUACCUCUACCACCCACAGUGUUUAUGAGGGUUCCGCUAACCUGAUGAAAACCAGCUUCGCUGCCGUUUUCUUUGGUCUACUUGCCUUCUGGAUGUAA